AUGUCGUACUCUUAUGAUCGCUCGGGGCGCAGGUCCCAAUCUUCAUCACAGCGCGGCGCGUUUACUUACUGGCUUCCUCUCGCGUUUACCGUCACUGUUGCGACCAUUGGCCUGGCCGCGUGGGUAUGGAGUGAGCGCAACGAUGACGACGAUGAAUAUCCCCGCCCUCCAGGACCUCCAGGAGACAAUGACAGCGUCUACAAUCGACCAGGCUACAGGGCAGAUGGGAGCAUAAUCUCUGGACCGCCAUCAUACGCGGAUGUCAGACCAGGCGAGGUGGCAUAUGGUACUGCGCCAGGGCCGAGGCCAGAAGAAAAUCAGAGCUACAUGGCGCGAAUGUCUGGCGCGCUGAAAAGAACACCGAGCCCACAGCAGGUUUUCGACAGUGCCAGUCGCAGCGUGGUCGGUGGAAUUGGCGCAGUGGGUGCGGUGGUUGGAAGCGCAUUGGGAAGCAUUAGGGAAGAAGAUAAGAAUGCAUACAGAGACCAUAAUGCUUGGAGUGAGGAGGCUGAGGCGCGAGGAAUACCCGCACAAGCUCCAAUCGAUAUGCGCUCGUCGGAGAAUAUACCUGGCGUUGCGCCUUCUCAAAGAGUACCUGUCAGUAACGGGAAGAGGAAGACAGUUGCCAUUGUUGUAUCUGCAGAUUCACAUUCGGACGAUUUCGAUGACGAUGAUAACUCAUUCCAUGAACAUGCUUCUAUCUUAUCACACUUACCUCGUAAUACCGAUUUCUCCAAGAUUCGCCUUUUCGUUCUCAUAUAUGCCCCCGGCUUGAAGGAGCACCCUCUUGAUGCAGGAGCUGCCAGACCUCCAGGAUCACUUAGUUCUUCUUUCUCCAACAUUGGUCAUGAACAAGUACAUACACCUGGCGAGGAGUCAGAGAAGCAAUUGUCGUCGAGCUCUGUAUCUCCAGCAUUCAACGCAGUCUACUCCCAAGCACUUGCCCUUGUGGAGAAGGAGACCAUGGUCUUACCAUUCACAAGUGCCAGCGGGCAUGUCCAUAUUCUUCGUCAUCUCGGUCCUGAGAUUGUCUAUCUUCAAGAGUCUCUCGCAGGAAACAACGGAGAAGUGAUCACACAUCUACAAACCUGGCUACGGAGGGACGUUGUCUUGGUUGUUGGUGCUGAUGGCGGUCAUGGCGGACUUGCAGACAGCGAAAGCGAGGCGGAACACGUGGAGAAGAAAGAACACUGGUGGGAGAGAGAAGAUCGCGUCGGCAGAGGCAGGGGAGUUGUAGUUGUAGAGGGUCUGAGAGUUGGUGAUGAUUGGGCUAGGCGUGUUGAAAAUAGGGAAUAG